AUGACUCUAGACAAGACUGUCAUUCAAAAAUACCAUGCUAUGAAUGGCCAUGACUGUGAAGUAAGGAGAGCUCUAUCUGAGCAAGAGAUGGCUAGUGUUUCAUUCAGCCAAAGAGGUCCAAGUGGUUCUGGAAACUUUAGUGGUGGUCGUGGUGGUGGUUUUGGUUGGAAUGGAAACUUUGGUCACGAAGGAAACUUCAGUGGGCGAGGUGUCUUUGGUGGCAGUUGGGGUGGUGGUGGAAAUGGUGGCAUUGGGGAUGGCUACAAUGAAUUUGGUAAUGAUGGAAGCAACUUCGGAGGUGGUGGAAGCUAUAAUGAUUUUGGCAACUGCAACACUCAGUCUUCAAAUUUUGGACUCAUGAAAGGAGGAAAUUUGGAGGCAGAAGGUCUGACCGUUAUGGUCGUGGAGGCCACUACUCUGCCAAACCAUGAAACCAAGGUGGCUAUGGCUAUUUCAGCAGCAGCAGUAGCUAUGGCAGUGUCAGAAGGUUUUAAUUACUGCCAGGAAACAAAGCUUAGCAGGAGAGGAGAGCUAGAGAAGUGACAGGGAAGCUGCAGGUUACAACAGAUUUGUGAACUCAGACAGGCACAGUGGUGGCAGGGCCUAGCUGCUACAAAGACAUGUUUUAGACAAUACUCAUGUGUAUGGGCAAAAAACACGAGGACUGUAUUUGUGACUAAUUGUAUAACAGGUUAUUUUAGUUUCUGUUCUGUGGAAAGUGUAAAGCAUUCCAACAAAGGGUUUUAAUGAAUUUUUUUUCGCACCCAUGCUGUUGAUUGCUAAAUGUAAUCAUCUGAUUAUGAUGCUGAAUAUAUAUAUAUAUAUUUUAAUGUGCUGUGUA